AUGGAAGAAGAAUUAGAAAGUGUACUACAAUAUUCAAACCUCAACAUCAACUACAAUGAAGCAUUGGCUACUAUCUCGUCAGAUCAGGCUAGUAGUCUAUUGGAACCUAUAUCAACUCUGGCUGACAAUUUGGUAAAAGAUCCUGACAGAGUAGUUUGUAAAGAUGGCUAUGAACUAAAGGCAAAAAUUAUAUCAGACGAAGAUUGGGAAGGAUUAGAAGAAUUAUGUGAUUUGCUGAAUCCCUUUGCGCGUGCAUCUGUAUAUAUUAGUGAAAAUCGGCUUACACAUUCUUCAGUUUUCCGAACACAUCAAUUUCUCCGAAAAUCAAUGUUAACUCGCUGGAAAGAUCCGAAGAUGUUUGGAUGGCUUGCAAUAACCUUGGACUCUCGUUUUAAGUCAUUGACUGCAGCAUCAUCUAAUCCAGCACAUUCAACAACUACAUUAGAUAUGGCAACAUUUUUUGAUGACGAGGCAGAAACUUCUUCACCAGUUGAUGUGGAGCUGCAAAUCUAUUUUUCUAUUCCACAAAUUCCCAAAGUAUGA